GCUGCAACACAAUCAUUUAGCAUCACCUCAUCCUCUGAGUUCAACAUUUCAUCUUCUCUCUGGUUUGUUUUUAUUGCAGUGGGGCAAAAAUGAAAGCAGUCUUCCUGUGCCUAUGUUUGGCUGGCACUGCCUGUGCUGGGCCCUUUCAAUACUUGCCACGUUACACAGGAUCGAGCCCCCGGGGUCCAGCGACACAGAUGAAACCACCUUUCGCCGGUGGUUUCCCACAACCUGGAGGCCUGGGAGCUUAUAGUGUGGAGUUUCUUCCAUACAUGUUUGGUGCUGGUGCAGCUGGAACAAAUCAAGGACAAACUUUCCCCCAGUACGGUUUCAUCAAGUACUCCAUCCCUCAGCCUCCUGGCAGACAGAGCGUUGAAGUUUUCUACCCUUUUGACUUCGCUAAGAACCAGAUAAUUCAGAACAGUGCUCCUGUGCCAAGUGGGCCCAGUCUGGGAAAUUUACCCCCAUUUAGAUUUCCUCCUCAAGGAAUUCCCCAGCAACCAGUGAAUAUGCCAGCUUUUGAUGUCAAUGCACAACCAUCGCAGGAUCCAUUGCAGCAACUACAGCAGGACAAACCUGUGCAAACAAGCCAGGCACCUGAUAAAGUGUGAAUGAGUGAACGACGUCAAUCAUGUAAAACUGAAGAAUCAUCUUGAAGUAACAUUUUAGAACAUUAGCAAACUAUGUUGAUAACCUACCUGAGAAGACUUUAAAUUAAUUUUUAAUAACAAUAGCUGUUUUAGAACUACUGACUGUGAUACCAUGUUACUCCCAGCAUGCUGCAUUUUCACAGUGUCUAUGUUUUUUCCUUUUCUCUUCUCACUGUUGUUCUCUUUUUAAAAAUAAAAAGUUUUAAGCAAA